ACUUUGAAACUAAUCACCCAAACUGGAGAGAUUUCAGUGAAUUUUCAGAAAAAACAAAUCAUUUUUACAUGGAUAACAGAGGGAGACCCACCUUUUAAUGUGGUUCCCUGCAGAACUGACAGCUUUUCGAAAUUUUCGGUAACCAUGGCAAGACAGCGACUUCUCGGCUCGGUCCUUGCCAGAAUCGGAGCCCAAGUCCUGCGAAACUACCGGUCGUCAUUUGUCCACGGCACUCGUCUGGAGUACGUUUCCUACAGCUCGCCGCGCAAUCUGAUGCAGGCGCCCCCAAUUGUGGUGAUGCACGACCUCAAUCUUUCACUGGAAUCCUGGCGACAGGUGGCUGUUAAUCUCAGCCAGGAAGGUCUGCGCCAGGUGAUCACCGUGGAUGCUCGGAACCAUGGCCUCAGUCCCUACGUAACCGGCCAUUCGCCCAUGCAUUUGGCCGCCGAUGUGGAGGCACUGAUGAGCCACCAGAGUCUGAACAAGAUCGUGGCACUUGGACACGGAAUGGGCGGUCGGGCAAUGAUGACAUUGGCACUCACUCAGCCGCAACUCGUGGAGCGUGUCAUACUGGUGGACAUCACACUGGCACCGGUGCCCAGUAACUUCUAUCUCACCCGGCAGGUCUUCGAGAUGAUGCUCCAGGUGGCGCCCAGUAUUCCCCCAAAUCUAUCCCUUUCCGAGGGGCGAACGUUCAUCCUGCCACUCUUCCAGGAUGUGGUUCACGACGCCUCCGAGCUGCGUCGCAUUAUUUACAAUCUGCGCAAGAUGCAGGACAACACCUUUGGCUGGGCAGUCAAUCCGCAGGCGGUUCUAAGCUCUUGGGGGGAUAUGAUGAUCAAUUACGAGGCCACUUUGGGCGGACUGCGUCCUUACAUGGGCGAGGUCCUGCUCAUCGCCGGUUCCCAGUCGGAGUUCGUGACCACGACCAGUAUUGCAGUGAUGCAGAGGUAUUUCCCAAACACAGUGGUACAGAUUCUGGAUGCAGGACACUGUGUGUACGAGGAUCAGCCGGAACAGUUUGUUGAACUGGUCGUGCAGUUUACUCAAACAUGCUUAGUAUGUUGAAGCAACACUGCUUUGGUUAUCGUAUAAAGUGACUUUUAUAUAACGUUGGAAUCGGUAUAUGGGCUCCUGUUGACUGAGCGCUGAAAUUUCAGCACUCAAUAUACUCCAACGAUAAUUGCGCUGUCAGCAGAAUGGAAACCGCAGAAAAAAGGGCUGAAUGGCAUGACCAUUUGCAGCGGGUCUGGCAAAAUCGAUGGGAAUUCCACGUGGCAGGCAAUCGAACCGAUGCCGAGUACCGAGUACCCGAUAUGCGACUCAGGUGCUCCAAGUGGAAGCCAGGCGGUUUGGGGCACAAAGGCCAAUGCCAAUCCCUCAACCCGCCAAUUUGCCAAUAAAGCAGCAGAAGGUGAGGCGAAAUGCGCCACAAUGCGAUACAAUUUAGAUUUA